UCUUUCACACCCACGAUGUUAUAGCUUUUGUGGUUUUACGUCCACAACUUUUUCUUCUUCCCAGAGGGCCUCACCUCCCCACCGUCGGGAAUCUCUGGAAGGACUGGAGUCGGCAACCUUCUAAGAAUUAGGGUUUCUGGCUUACUGCUUCGAAAUCUAAUCUAGUGCUUGAAGCUUUCGCAUGGGUGACUCCAGAGAAGAAUCUCCGGACUGGUUGCGCUCUUUCCAGCCUCCAAGUUACUCUGCUGUAGAGCUGUCAUCUGGAUCAGAGUCGCCACCGGAUUGCAGUCCCGGAAGUGAUGAUGAGGAUGGCCUCAAUCUGAGUAAAUUGUUUAAUAAAGGAGCCACAAAGAUCUCUGAUAGUAAUGAUGCCAAUAAUGGAAGAGGACAUACAGAGAGCAAGAGUGACAAAGGAAAGUCUCCAAAGAAGAAUGAAAAGGGUAAACAAACACCAGUGAGGAAGAGGAAGAAUGAAGAAGAGAGCAAGGAAGGGAAGAUGGCUAAACGGAAAAACACUGGACAGAAAAAUAAACCUGAGAAGCAUGACAAGUCUUACGGACAUAAUCAUACCAUUUGGUCAUUGUCCUCGGAUUCUGAAUCUGGUCCAGAUAGAAAACCUGUUACAGUGGAUGAAGUGGCAAAAAUGGAUAUAUUAGCAAAUGAAGAAGAGUUUGCAACAGAGCAUGGUAAUGAAAUUGGUGAUGUUCUCCUUGACGAUGCUAGAGAAUCUCCAACAAAUGGCACCUCCAAUGUUAAAUCUUCAGUGAAAAAUAUGGAAGAAGGGGAUGAGAAAACCUCUAUGAAGAAGGCUAUAAAUACUAGUAUAGAUGGAGAGAAUAAUAAUAGCAAAAGUGUAGUGAAGGAAGAAGUCUCAAGGAAACAUCCUGGGCCACAGGUAGCAACUUCAACGGUGCCACUUUUGCUCCCAGAGAAAGUUCAACUUUCAAAGGCACUUGUUGAAUGUGAAGGUGAUUCCAUAGAUUUGAGUGGUGAUGUUGGUUCUGUUGGACGGGUUGUUAUUUCAGAAGAUCCUUCAAAAAAUCAAGAGAUGCUAUUAGAUUUAAAAGGAACUAUAUACAAAACAACCAUAGUUCCAUCAAGGACGUUUUGUGUGGUGAGCUUUAGCCAAUCAGAGGCAAAGAUUGAGGCUAUUAUGAAUGAUUAUAUUCAGUUGAAACCACAAUCAAAUGUUUAUGAGGCUGAGACUAUGGUUGAAGGAACCCUCGAUGGAUUUUCGUUUGACUCAGAAGAUGAAGGUGAGAAGGCUACUGCUCAAGCUGAUAAAACUGAGGCUGCUGAUGACCAACAUGAUGCAGAAACUAUGAGAAAGCCUGGAAAAGCAACAGGUCCAGGACGGAAAAAGGGAAAGCCUACAGGAGGAAAACAACUCAAGAAAGUGAAAAAGAAACCUCAAGUUUCCAAAAAGAGCAAAUCCAAGAAAUGAGAGAUCUUCUUUUCACUGCAGUGAUACUUUCAUUUUAUUUCUUUCUUUCAUUUGCUCCCCCCACAAUUAUAUUCUGUUCUUAUAAAUGAUAUGCCUGCCUGACUAUGAACUGGAGUAUAGCUAGAGGGGACCAACUUUUAGUUCUUGUAAGAUUAAGCUUUAAAGAAACAAAAAAGAUACUAAAUGUUACAGUACCAUUUACCUAAUUUACAUGAGAGUUUUACUGCUA